AUGUCUUCUACCGGCGGCUCUACGAUCCUUAACAGCAAAGAGGAAGUCGACAUAGCCGACGACCGGUUGACAGGACCUGGAGGUGCUGGCGAACCAGACGCUGGAGGACUUCUAUCCGCCUUCUCAUCGACCUUCCAGGAGGCCCUCUUCAUCUUUGUCAUCGGUCUAUCGCAACUCUUCUCCGUUGGCGGUCUCGGAACUGCAGCUUUCUCAGUGCAAGAGAUUGGUCGCUCGCUGAACGCCACAAGCAGUGGCCAGAUGUCCUGGUUCCUGGCCGCAUACUCUCUCUGUGGUGGCGAAUUUGUUCUGGUGACUGGACGCCUGGGUGACCACUUUGGCCACAAGUAUGUCUUCCUUUUUGGAUGGAUGUGGAUGGCACUUUGGUCUCUGGUCAGCGGCUUUGCCAACGAUGUGAUUCUCUUCGAUAUUGCUCGCGGGAUGACUGGCAUCGGUAACGGUGCACUGGUUCCCAACUCAUUCGCCCUCCUAGCACGUGCAUUCCCACCAUUUUCGGUCAAAAAGAAUAUUGUAUUUGCUUUCCUCGGUUUCUGCGCACCUUCGGGUUAUAUUUUCGGUGGACUCAUCGGCGCUGCCUUUGCCGAGAAAGUCACCUGGCGAUGGGGAUUCUGGUUCUGGGCCAUUGGCUGCCUCGUCCUCGGUGUCGUGACCUAUUUCAUAGUCCCUGACAGCGUGGGUUCGCCAAUUUCCGGACUCAGCAUCAGGCAAUUUGACUACAUCGGAUCUGUUCUCGGCGUCUCGGUCUCACGUCCCGGCCCCCGUCCUCCCCAACACACUAUGGACUCGCAAGGGCUUUUCCCCCGUCGUGGCGGCCAUGUCGUUCGGCUGGAUGUCGUUCGGCAUCUUCCUCUACUACACAACCAUCUUCAUUCUCACUGUUCACAAGGCGCAGCCACUCACGGCUGUCGCGCAGAUGGUCCCUCUGGUCAUUGGCGGUCUGUUCGCAACUGCCUCCGUCGGUAUCUUCAUCGCCAAGGUCCCCCCGCGCAGUACAUCUUCGGGGUCUCAAUGUUCUCCUUCUUCAUUGGUAACCUGAUCAUGAGCUUCAUGAGCUACUCAUCCGUCUACUGGGCCUUCGUCUUCCCUGCGUGUCUGCUCGUCGUUGGCGGACCGGAUCUCUCCUUCGCCUCGUCGGGGAUUCUCAUCUCAAACGUGGUCUUGCCCGAGGAGCAGGGUGUCGCAGGCUCAUUCAUUUCCACGGUCGUGCAGUACUCCAUCUCCAUCGGUCUGGGUAUUGCCGCUACUGUCGAGGGCCGUGUGAACAGCACUGGACAGGACAUUAUACGCGGGUACCGCGGAGCGCUCUGGCUCGGUAUUGGCGUUGCGGCUGUGGCCUUCAUCAUUGUGGUUUUCUUUGUCCGGGACAACUGGUUCGAGAAGGAGGAUGGUAAGCUUGCUUCGAGCAGCGCUGAUUGCGUCUUCGACACUCCUGUCGACAAGCUGGAUGCUUGA